ACAGCACCCUCCAUCCAGCAGACACGCACAAACUCGACCAAGAUGUCCGCUCAGCAGCAGAACCAGCGCUUCUCGCUUGAUAAUGUCUUCAAUGUCAAGGGCAAAGUCGCCCUCGUAACAGGCGGCGGCUCCGGCAUCGGCCUAAUGGCCACCCAAGCCCUCGCCGUCAACGGCGCCAAAGUCUACAUCACAGGCCGCACCGAAGAAAAACUCGAGCGAGUCGCCUCACUCUACUCAAAAGACAUCCCGGGGCAAAUCAUCCCCCUCGCAGCAGACAUAACAUCCAAGCCCUCAAUCGAGCACCUAGUUCAACAAAUAUCCGCAAAAGAACCCGCCCUGCACAUCCUCAUCAACAACGCCGGAAUCUCCUCGGCGACCCAAAACACCGAGCUCACCUCCGCAGAGGAGCUCAGCAGCGAGCUCUUCAACAAAACCAGCUUCGAAGAGUGGGAGAGCCUGUACCGCACGAACGUCUCGCAGCUGUACUUCGUGACGGCGGCGUUCCUGCCCCUGCUGCAGAAGGGCACGGAGCGCGAGCACGGCUGGUCCAGCACCGUUGUCAAUGUGUCGUCCAUCUCGGGCAUCGUCAAGGUCGCGCAGCAUCAUUUCCCGUAUAAUGCGAGUAAGGGUGCGGCGGUGCAUUUGACGCGCAUGCUGGCGCAUGAGGUUGCGUCUUCGGGGCUGAAGAUCCGUGUUAAUGGCAUUGCGCCGGGUGUGUUUCCGUCGGAGAUGACGGCUGGAGAGAGUGAUGAUACUCAGAAGAGUAGUAUUCCCAAGGAGAAUAUCUCAAUGGACAGACGAUUGUGGUGGACGGUGGGUAUGUUUUGGCGGCUGGGACGGUCUAGUAGUAUAGUCUGGGGUUUCUGCAAAAGAUAAUGAUUGUGAUGAUUAUUUGCUUAUGGCUACUCGAGUCUUAUGUAUAACAGUCUGUUCCAUAUACGCCUGCUCAUGUACUUCACGUGGUGUAGAUCCAUUGACUUCCAUCCCGUGCUCAACCCAGCCCUAAUUCACUGAUACAAUCCCAUGCUUCUCUUCUUCCAUGUUCGACGCUCACCAUAACAAACAAAUCCACUGCCUCUAUGCUAUACAAAUCGCCCUACAAUAUUCUCUCUCUAAGAGUUGCCAAAUGUGACCAGAAAAAUAACUGGAUGUCCAACU